CAUCAACAUCGCCACCAUGUCGCCCCUCCACAUCGAAGAGAUCUCCCUCUCAAUACUCAACGCGACGCUAUCGCGUUAUCCAGACACAGCAUCCUCUGCGCUGGCAGACCUAGAUACACUGCGCUAUGAGACGAUCCCUAGGACAUUGGAGAAGAUGAAAGGGGAGAAGUCAUUGCUGAAAGCUGAUAUUGAAAAAUUGGUGGAAUGGAAACUGAAACACGGCACAUACCGCCCAGCACUCAUGAACCUCGUGAAAUCCAACCCAGCAGACGUUUUCAAGAGCACUACACAAGAAGCGUUCGCCUCACACAGGGAUGAUGGAGAUGUCAUGAAAGCAUUGAAGAUCCUCACAAAGCUCCGCGGUAUCGGUCCCGCAACCGCCUCCCUCCUCCUCAGUGUCUAUCAGCCAGAUCAAGUGCCUUUCUUCUCAGACGAACUAUUCAGAUGGACGCACUGGGACUCUCCCGGCAAGAGCGGGUGGCUGAGGAUUAUCAAGUACAACGUUACGGAGUAUAAAGAGAUCCUCGCUAGCGUUGAGGGGUUGAGGAAAAGGUUGGGUGUUAAGGCGGUGGAUGCGGAGAAGGUCGCGUAUGUGUUGGGGAAGGGGAAUGUGGAGCUUGACCUUGGGGUGGACACUGAGGAGGAUGCGGAGGUGGUUGUGGGUGAGAAGAUUGAGGAGAAUAAGGAGAGGGAUAGGAGGGUUGAGGUGGCGGCGGCUGGAGCGGCGGCGGCUAUGGAUAGUGCGAGGACGGCGAGUGAGAGUGGCAGAAAGAGGAAGGCUGCUGGUGAGAAAAAGAGCAGACAGGAAAAAGGCGAAGCAGCGGGUGAUGAUUUGUCGCACGGAGAACCAGCGAAGAGAACGACGAAGCAGGGGGUGAAGCGGAAGGCGCAAGAGACAAAGCCACCUGCAGAAGGGACACGGAAAAGCACGCGAAGGAAAUGAUGAACUUAAUCGCCAGAUUUACGUUGAUAUCGC